UUCAACAAAUAAUCCUUUCUGCUUCUUCUCCAUUUAUGAGUUAUAAAUAAGCAAAAUAGAACAACCCUUUUUCUUUUUCGAUUUUGAUUUUGAAAACAAAAUGCAAAUCAAAACCCUUGCUAACCCUUUACGUGGAUUCUCUCGAUCUUUUGUCAUCUUUAACAAAACCCCACCUCUCUCUUGCUCUCACGCCUCUCUUUCACCCCCAAGUUUGCGUUUUUGUAAUCCAAAGAUUCAGCACAAACUAUUUAGAACUUUUUGCAUUAGUCCUAGCGAAAAACUGAUUAAAAAUGAGUAUACAAUCGAAUCUAUUGAUUCAAAUUCUUUGUCUGAAAAUGAAGAAAAAGAGGAAGAAGAAGUGAAACAAGAUAUGGAGGGUAAAAGAGAAGGGUUGGAGAAUCGAAGUAUAUGGAAUCAAAUGAAGGAUAUUGUGAUGUUUACAGGACCUGCAACGGGGCUUUGGAUAUGUGGGCCAUUAAUGAGUCUCAUUGACACUGCUGUUAUCGGUCAAGGAAGCUCCAUUGAGCUUGCUGCUUUAGGGCCGGGAACUGUGAUUUGCGAUUACUUGACUUACGUGUUCAUGUUCCUUUCAAUUGCUACAUCAAAUAUGGUCGCCACUUCCCUUGCCAAACGGGAGAAAGAAGCUGGACAGCAUCAAAUAUCUGUCUUGCUCUUUGUUGGCUUGGCUUCUGGCAUCUUGAUGUUCAUGUUUACAAGAUUCCUUGGUUCAUGGGCACUAACUGCUUUUACUGGACCUACAAAUGUGCAUAUUGUACCGGCAGCAAAUACAUAUGUUCAGAUUCGGGGCUUUGCAUGGCCAGCUGUUCUUGUUGGGUUGGUUGCUCAAAGUGCAAGUCUUGGGAUGAAAGAUUCUUGGGGUCCUUUGAAAGCGUUGGCAACUGCUAGUGUCAUCAAUGGUAUUGGUGAUGUAGUUCUCUGUAGCUUUUUAGGCUAUGGCAUUGCUGGUGCAGCAUGGGCAACAAUGGUGUCACAGGUUGUUGCAGCUUAUAUGAUGAUUAAAUCUCUAAAUAAGAAAGGAUACAAUGCUUUUGCCUUUGCUAUUCCAUCCCUCAAUGAACUUGUGACAAUACUUGGGCUUGCUGGUCCUGUGUUUGUAACUAUGGUGGCGAAGGUGGCUUUUUACUCUCUCAUCAUAUAUUUUGCUACAUCUUUGGGCACAAACACAAUGGCUGCUCAUCAGGUCAUGAUUCAAACAUACUGCAUGUGCACAGUAUGGGGUGAGCCUCUUUCUCAAACUGCACAGUCAUUUAUGCCUGAGUUGAUAUAUGGAGUUAAUCGAAGUCUAGUAAAGGCUAAAAUGCUGCUGAAGUCACUUAUUAUCAUCGGGUCAACACUUGGUUUGAUAUUAGGGACCAUUGGAACUUUUGUUCCUUGGUUGUUCCCUAAUGUUUUUACGCGUGAUCAGAGUGUCGUACAAGAGAUGCACAAAGUUCUGAUACCGUACUUUCUUGCACUAGUUGUGACGCCCAGCACUCAUAGCCUUGAAGGGACAUUGAUGGCAGGACGAGACCUUAAGUUUCUUAGUUUGUCAAUGAGCGGAUGUUUUACUUUGGGUGCUCUUGUACUGUUGCUCGUGAGCAGUAGAGAAUAUGGCUUGCCAGGCUGCUGGUGUGCUCUUGUAGGCUUUCAAUGGGCUCGAUUUCUCCUUUCUCUCUGGCGCCUUCUUUCCCCUGAUGGCAUACUAUUCUGUGAAGAUAUGAGCCAGUAUAAAGUGCAGAAGCACAAAGCUGCUUAGUCUUAGCAUUUGCAUUGAACUACAAAACAAACUUGAAAUCCCCCAAUCUUCAAAGAUACAAUGUCUUACGUCUCACCAAUGAAUCGAACUAAAUUACCAGAAAAGUAGCACCGAAGAUCAUGUAUCUUGAGGCUUAAGUGCACACACAGCGCCUUUGGCUAUUUUCUUAUUAGCGCCGACUCUUGUUGGCUAAUUCUUGUGACAAUAAAUUAUUCUUCUACAAUACAAAAUGAAGAAAGAAAGUACAUUUACACGCA